CUGGGGCGUCACAGCGCCGGGCGGCGGCGGGGAGAUGCGGCUCCUGGCGCUGGCGGCGGCCGUGCUGCUGGCGCGGGCUCCGGCCCCGGAGGUGUGUGGGGCCCUCAAUGUCACCGUGUCCCCGGGGCCUGUGGUUGACUACCUGGAGGGGGAAAAUGCCACUCUUCUCUGCCAUGUCUCCCAGAAGAGACGAAAGGACAGCUUGCUGGCCGUGCGCUGGUUCUUCGCACGCCCCAAUGCCCAGGAAGCCUUGAUGGUUAAGAUGACCAAACUCCGGGUGGUGCAGUACUAUGGGAAUUACAGCCGUAGUGCCUUCCGGCAGAGGCUGUGCCUCCUGGAGGAGAGGCGCGGGGCACUCUACACGCUCUCUGUUUUGACCCUCCGGCCAGCAGAUCAAGGGCAUUACGUCUGCAAAGUCCAGGAAAUCAGCAAGCACAGGAAUAAGUGGACCGCCUGGUCCAACGGUUCCUCAGCGACGGAAAUGAGAGUGAUUUCCCUCAAAGCUUCUGAAGAUUCAUCCUUUGAGAAAAAGAAAGAGACCUGGGCAUUUUUUGAAGAUCUCUACAUCUACGCUGUUCUCGUGUGCUGCGUGGGAAUCCUCAGUGUCCUCCUCUUCACCCUGACCAUCAUCUGGCAGUCUGUGUUUAGCAAGAGGAAAGCCAGAGCGAGACAUUAUUUGGUGAAAUGUCCCCAGAACAGCUACAGAGAACCCCGCAUAUGUAUUUGUGGACUCACCACCAUUUCCUUAGCCAGUCCUCUGCUGAUGGAUAGUUGGAUUCUUUCUGAUCCAUUGCUAUCAACAACAGCACCCUCCGGGGAGACUGUGACCAGUGUGACCAGCUUGGCCCCCCUGCAACCCAAGAAGGGCAAGAGGCGGAAGGAGAAGGCUGACGUUCCUCCUGCAGUCCCUGCCAAAGCUCCCAUAGCUGCCACAUUCCAUAAACCGAAGCUGCUAAAACCACAGAGGAAAGUCGCCCUGCCAAAGAUCGCGGAGGAGAGCCUGACCUACGCUGAGUUGGAGCUGGUCAAACCCCACCGGGCUGCCAAAGGCCUCCCCACCAGCACCGUCUACGCCCAGAUCCUCUUUGAGGAGAACAAGCUGUAACGUGGCGUCCUCUUCCGUGGUCCUCUUCCGUGGUCCUAUUUAAUACAUGCCACCCCAGUUAUUUAUGAUACAUUGGAAACAAAACCCUUAUUUUUGUAUUUUCCCUCGUGUCUCCUGUGUGGUGGGGUACAAGGCUCCUCUCCGUAAAAAAGUAGGGGCCGCAGCCCUUGGACGAAUCUCCCAGGACGAAUCUCCCAGGACGGGACAUGUCUGGGUCUGAGCCCCGAGCAGUAUGGACUCUGAUUCGGAGAGCACCCAAGGAGAUUUUCUGCUGAGCCAAACCCCUUCAUGUUUUCUUCUCCUUUCUUUUGGUUUUAAUCUUUUUUAAAAUCUUAUUUUAAUCUUCUACUCUUCCUGUAUUUGUGAUAUCAAGCUCAUAGUAUACAGCUAGAGGAAAUGCCAUUAUAGGCCCAAGUGUGAGAUGGUAGAUACGUACUAAUUGUUUUUUCAGAAGGUCAGAGAGCAUUUCUAGGGCACCUCGAGCCGAGCGAACUGCUUACUGCAAACGGUCACUCAAGAAAGCAUCUCUUGUUCUAAACAGAUGCUCUGACCCUGGAGAUUUAAGGGCAGCGGCAGAUUGUGGUGAACCUUGCUGUCUAAGCUAACAGCCCACUAUCUCCAAAUACGCCAGUGCCCAUUUCCCCACCCAGGAUCCCCCAAGGCUGCAGGGCGAGUAGCACACCAUUCAAAAGGACUUCAGCACGGUGGACCCGCAUUGCUAUAGAAACUCUUGUUCUCCAGAAAGUUCUUACUGUUUUCCAAAGGAGCAAGGGAGGGAGCCAGCCAUCCAUGGACACACUGGUGGAAGUGGGCCUCUUAGAAGUGUACAGAGUUACUGCUCUGAUUGUAUGUCUGCUUCUGUGUGAGCAGAGCUUUCUGCCUGGUUCCCCUGGGCUAGGAGAGUAGGAGGUGCAAGCCGAGCUGGAAAAACGUGUUUUAAAGACCCUACUGUUGUAGAGCACCUCUCCCAAGCCGACUUCACAUGGGGUUUCUCACGUGUCUGGCCUGGGCUCAGACAGGGAUGCGGGUCGAGGAGAUCUGUGCGGAAGUUGCCCUGUGUGGACUGCUACAACACCCAGGAUCUCCCUGAAGACGGAUACCUUCUAGAAGAGAGACAUCCUGUUGACUGUAUUGUUAAGGACACUUUUUGUGGGGUGUGUUCUGGGUGCUCACUUAUAGCACACUGUAGAAAUUGUUCGGCUUUGUAAUGGACCAUGUAUAUAUGGUAAAUUAUAUAUUUUAAACACAACCUUGGGUGUGAGUUGUGCCCCUCUGUAUAGCCAAGUGAACUCGGUCAAGUGUCUUAUUCCCUAAUUACCUCAGACUCAUGUUUGUGGUAAGGUGACCUAACCUGCCAUAGAGUUCAUGUAAUGGAAUAAGGACUACUCCCAGAUUCUGGGUAGAAUACAUUGAUGCCCACUACACUAGAUGAACGCUCAUGCGACAGCCAGUACGUAUUUUCAGAAUGAAAUUUCUUUUCAGUGUAAGGCUCUCUGUACCAUAGCUUCAAAAAAUAAAUGUUUGUCCCUGAACUUAGCUCUACAGUAAUAACACUCCUGAAGACCCAUGAUAGCUUAUGAGUAUCUCCUGUGGCUUAUUGGAAAGGGUCCAGAUUAGGAGCAGGUAGAUUUUCUAGAAGCAGAAAUAGCCUGACUUUACAAAGAGGAAGUCAUUCUCUUCGGCCUCUACCUGUAUCUCCUUCCCUUCCCCUCUGCCAAAUUCCAAAGAUAGUGAAUAAACCGCACAGCUUUUGAAGAAGAAAUACCACUUGGAAGAAUUCACUAGAACUUCCCAGAUCAUCCUUUAGGGGAUCAGAAUGUAUGGUUGGCGUACAAUUCCUAUCAUAAUUAUCUUCUUUUAUCAUGGCGGUGUUCCUGCAGAAUAUGGUUCUGUGGUGUUUUGAGGAAGGAGGGUGACUUCUUCAUUUGCACAAGGAGCCAUACAGGCUAGUAGGACCCUGGGGUGCCCGGUGGGGAUGGAGAGUGGGGCACAUGAAGAGAAGAUUGUGGGGACAGGCAAGAUGGUAGGGAGCCCCCAGGCUUCCACAGAACUGAAUUGAACUUCAGUCACCCUCAAACCUUCUUAAAUUCAGAGGGAGCAUAGGACCAUCAUAAAUGGAAAUAACGCAUGCCAUGAAGAAGGGCACAAGUUAGAGCUGGUAGCUGCAAGUUAGUCGAACAGGUCAUCAGUAUAGAGUCAAACUCAGACAUUUCCUCCAACAUUCUGGUAACAGCGGCACAAAUCCACCCUGGGCUAUGGGACUGGGGGGCCAGCUGGACAGAGAGGAUGACAGGAUCCUGCGCAGACCAUCUCCCUUACUGAAAAUGCUUCCCGAGGGAAUCUUGGAAGGUACCUUCCACAUCCAAGCAGAGCUCAUCCCACCAUUAUUUCCAGAAGCAAACCAUCUCACUAGCUCAGAAGCUAACCAUCCAUUCUAGCUCACAACUAGAAGCAAUGGAUGAUCUGUCCCUGCAGUUUCUUUGGGGAGAUAAAUCUCGACUUCAUUAUCAUAGUAAACUUAGAAAAUGGGUCUACUCAUUAUUCUCUAUCAAAUAUGGUUGGCAUACUUACCAUAUUUAGACAUGACGAUAACCAUGCCUUAACAUUUCUAACGAUAUGAAAGGGAAAGCAUAUCAAAUAGAAAUUAGGAAGAGCUCUUCAUCUUGCUUUUACUCUCAAGCGUCUAUUGAAACAACUGUAUUAAAGCAGUCUACAAAGGGGACAAUCGCUUAUACAUUUAAGUGAACUCAAAACAAGAACCCAUCGCUCAUAGGUUCUCUAAAAUUUGGUGGUGAACUUUGACCUAGGCCAGGCAUUACAUGGAAACGUGGAAACAUGGCAACAUGGCAGGAGGCAAGGUCUCCCGAAUGGAAAAACAGCAUCCCCAUGCUCUGAAUUUAAGCAGGUAUGGUGGGGGUUGGGGGAAGGAUUGGGAUUUCUUUGGGAUCAUGUCUUCAUUAAAGCAUCAUGAUUUUGUUAGCUCACAGGGUGAGUCAGAAAAAGCCAGCAGACCCAUUCCCACCCUUCCUGAUACUUGCUGGAGUGAAAAUGACAUGGGGCCCUUGGUAUUUCUCAGUCCAUAGUCAUCUGGGUCAUCCCACACAUCGAUAAGCCCAAACACUCACUUGGGAUAAGAACACUAAACCGGUUGAUGCUUUUAGGGACGAUUCACGCCCCUGUUCAUCAUUCAGCCUUUGAUAUGCAUGACGACAACCUAGGCUGGGCCAACCAUGAGCUGGAACUCAUGCUCCAGACCACAAAAAAAGAAAAAAAAUCCAAAUCUUGCAAGAGGCCUGAUCUGGACUAACCAGAAUCCUUGGGAGAAACAAACCACCUUUCCCUUGGGAAGCGAAGCCAGGAUGCCAUGUACCAGAUCUGCCUCCAGCCAUGUCUCUGAUGAGUAGAGAAGCCUUCAAGAAUGAAAGAGACUUUGAGAGAGAAGCAGGGAGGAAAGCACAGAAUCCUACCCCAAGGAAUUUCCCAGACUUCUCUUUCCUUUAGAUCUUCUUUAGAUUCAGUCAACUACCCCAUUUUCCUACCUUCUAAGUCCUAGGUUUAUUCAACCUCAUCCAGUUACAAUGGUGAACAUUCUGACUACUAUAGUAUGUAUCCGAGUUACUUCCCAGGUUGGGCAGCAAAAGAGUUGCCCUGAGCUUCACUAGCCAAGGGGUCCACUUACAUUAUGUCCUAUGAGGGACUUGGAGCCAUGAUCUCUGCUGUGCUCAGUACCUUUCCACUGAACCUGCAUUCUCAGGACCCUGAAGACACUCUUCUUGAGGGAGAGGGACUGUCAGGUUUCGGACUGAUCAUCUCCUGAUGGAUGUACCCUCUGGCUUGGAGUAUGGACACCAGCAGGCCUGGCGUAGUACUAAGCAGCACUGAGGACAAUAGGGGAAGGACAAGGGGUGGAGAUUCAAAGGAGCCACAUCACUGGGAUACUGGAGGGAGUCUUUUGUGUGGCUGUGAAGUUUAGGGUGGCUUCCGUAUAGAACAUGAUGACUUUCAGUAUCCUUGUAUUUCCUGGGGGAGAAGGUGGGACCCAUCUCUGUGUCAUUCUUAGCCCAUUAUAAGGUGAGGCCAUUGAGGGAUGGUGGGAUAUUGACUCUCCAUCACAUCCUAUCUCAUACCCCUACCCCAUACUGAACAGAAGCUAAUCACUGGUGGGAAAACAAAGAAGACAUUCGUGGUUUGUAGGAAGGGCCUGCCUUCUGCAUGGAUAGGUUGAAUGUGAGCUACAGUGGAGUGUCCAGAUGGGUAGGAUAGAUGAGGACUCCCUACACUUUAACACAUCACCGGUUCUCGUUAAGCUGUGGAUCGUGGUUCAGGAAGUCUCUGUGGGGUCCCGGAGUCUGUGUUUUUGACUAGUCCCCAAGGAAUGCCCAUGCUUCUAAAUCUGGACCAUGUUUUGAGUGGCAUCAAAGCAAACUGUUGAGAAAUGUGGAUCUGGAACCCCUGGAGAUUUGGGGGCUGUCCCCAGAGUAUAGAUCAUAGCCAAAGCCUGAGAGUGAGCAAAAUCCCCAGGGAGAGGCAGCCCAGUGUGGAGAGAUGGUGCCUGAGCGAUGGGGAGCUCCCUGCUGGCAGCUCCAGGAGCUGGUGAGGAGCCUAAAGCAGGCCAGGGGAAACCAAGUGAUCAGAGGAGUGGGAGAGGGCUGGUUAAAACCAUGUCUGGGAGUUUCUCGAAGAAGGAAGCCCUCAACAGUGUGCACUCUGCAAAGGUCGAAUAGAAUAGAAGUUGAGCCUUUGCUCUUUGUGAAUUAAUUGUACAUUUUGCAUUUUUAAAAAUGAUUUGUUUUGCUGAGGAAAGUGAUUCCCCCAAGUGCACAGGGCUGACAGACACUAGCACUGAGCCCCGUGUUAUCUGCUCAGCGGAUUUUCCCUGAAAUAAUCAGUGUCUUUCCAUAGGAUGGUGAUUUGGGGAAGACUCUUAAUUAAAGCCUGGGUGGGGUGGGGGGGACGGGGGCCACUGCAGUUUUCUGCUCCUUCUGUUGUCAUUGAUAAAAGAUGACUCGGCCUCCACUUUCUAAUAAACACAGCUCGAUUAGCUUCACAUCAAUUUCGUGUCUGA